AUGUGGCAACAAUAUUUUGUGAUCUUCGCCGUUUUGGGGUCUGGGAAGGGCGGCGCCAGUGCCUUCUGGUGGCCCAAGACCACAACGGAAGCACCCAAUGCACAGAUGCUCCAGCAGAUCCCGCUGACCUACUUCCGCACAUACACGUACCAGCCGCUGGCGGGCGGACCCUUCAGCGUCCCCUUCUUUGGCUUCGGAGCCGCUCAGACGCCGCUCCUUUCGCCGAGUCCGCACUACGACCCCUAUGCUGUGACCAGCUACGCGGCUGCCAGGCGGCACGACGUCGCCGCCAAGCCAGGCGUGACGCCGCCGGCCAGCAGCUCCACCACCACUAGCAGCACUACUAGCACCACUACACCCGCUCCCACGACGACCACUACCACCACUACGACGACAACGACCCCGGUACCGACUACGACUACCAGCAGCACAACCACGGCGCCUCCUCCCGCCAAUAGCAUCUCGGGAGGAGCCUCGUUCUCCUCGGGCGGGGCCUCUGGAUCCUCAUCUUCCCUGCUGCGCUAUGGAGAGUAUCCGACAUACACCCGGCGGGUGAACAAUCUGUACAACGCCCGACCCCAGUAUCCGUACCCGGACUACUUCAACUACCAGCCGCAGGGAGGGUUGGCGGAGCCGGGGGUGGCAGUGGGACCGGGAGCGGGUGGCACUCGCAUCCAGUUCGUGCCCUGCAUGUGCCCCGUUAGCGUGCCCAGCCUGAGCAACUCCCUCACCUCUGCCGCUCCAGUAGCCGUUGGCAGUGCGUCCACAUCCAACCCGGCGGCGCGUCACAUCGACAGCCAUGAGAUGCAGGCUGACGCGGUUGUGGAUGUGGAUGUGGAUGCAGAGGUGGAAGGAGACCCUGAGGGUAAUGACGAUGACGAUGACGUGGAGGAGGAUGAAGGUGUCACCAAAGCACUGCCCGACCCCCAGGAGACGACAUCGAAUAGCCCCGUUUAG